AUGGCAGACCGAUCACGAAGCAGAUCCCCCCGACCGAGGGAUAACGGCGACCGAGACCGCCCCAAAAAGACCGGAGGCUUUCGGUGGAAAGACAAAAGUCGCACCGACGAUUCCCGCGGCGAUGACCGCAGGCUAGAGCGAGGCUACCGAGACCGACCACGAUCCCCCCGGCGCGACCGAGAUGGUGACCGCUAUGGUGACCGAAACGGAGAAAAACCUAGAGACGACCGCGAUAGGCGACGUGACGAUCGCGAUACGCCGCGCGACGACCGGGAAAAGAAAGUGAAGAAGGAAAAGAAGGAGAAAAAGGUCAUUCCGCAAUCAUCAGAGCCCAUGAUCGUUGUUCAUGUCAACGAUCGCUUGGGCACCAAGGCUGCGAUCCCCUGCCUGGCCUCAGAUCCAAUCAAACUAUUCAAAGCACAAGUGGCAGCUCGGAUCGGUCGCGAACCCCACGAGAUUCUCCUCAAACGCCAAGGUGAAAGGCCAUUUAAGGAUCAACUCACCCUGGAGGACUACGGCGUGAGCAAUGGAGUUCAACUUGAUCUGGAGGUCGGAACGGGCGAAUAA